AUGGCCGGAGCGCGAGGUUGUUUUAAUUGUGGUGGACACGGUCACCAGGCAGCCAAUUGCCCCAAGGCCGGAACGCCUACCUGCUACAACUGCGGACUUGAAGGUCAUGUUUCGCGCGAUUGCACCAUGGAGGCGAAGGCCAAGUCCUGCUACAAGUGCGGGCAAGAAGGCCAUAUUUCGCGGGAUUGCCCCGAGAACGCUAACGCUACCUCGAACUCCGGCUUCGGCGGAGGCUACAGCGGAUCGUCCGGUACCGAAUGCUACCGUUGUGGCAAGGUCGGACACAUCGCCCGCGCAUGCCCGGACGCUCAGGGUGCUGGUGGUGGGUACAGCCAAGGCCAGGGCAACUACGGCAGUUUCGGCGGUGGUCAGCAGAGAGCCUGCUACACCUGCGGUGGCGUAGGCCAUUUGUCCCGAGACUGCGUGCAAGGAUCAAAAUGCUACAACUGCUCCGGAUUCGGGCACAUAAGCAAGGACUGCCCGCAGCCCCAGCGUCGGGCUUGCUACACCUGUGGCUCCGAGGGGCAUAUCUCGCGUGACUGCCCUAACGCGCCCGCGGCGGCUGCCGACGCCUGA